UAUGAGAUAAGUUUUUGGUACAUCAAGAUUUCAGAACCAAUAAUUUAAUCCUUCAUUGAGUGGAGCAAAGUUAGAUUCGAAUAUGAAAUUGCACUCUAAUUACAAGAAUUUGGAAUAGCAUUAGUUAAGUAAGAUUAAUGAAGAGAGACCACAAGCACAUUAAACAUUUGGUCAUCGCUAUCAACAAUAAGAUUUUGAAUUCUUAAACUUGUAUGAAUCAACGAAACAACUUGUAUCAGUUUAAAUUUAAUAUUGUGAACCUCAUGAAUUGGCGGCUGAUUUGAUUUUAAGGUAUGAUUUAGUAGGAGAUUCGAGUUUAAUAGAGGAAUAGAAAGUAGAUGAAUAAAAAGUUGUUUAAUUGAAUAAUUAAUGUUAGAUUGCAACAGAAAUGAAGAUGGAAUUUGACUAAUGA